AUGUCUACUUCUAACUCCACCGGCUUCCCUAUCACCACCUACUCGAUACCGGGUGACACCAACUUGCUAGCCGACGAACAAGUGUCUUUUGCCCGUGGGCAACGACACGACCAAGCUGACAUCACUGACACCAUAGAAUUAAUGUCAGCAAAAGACGCCUAUACCUAUCUCUUUUACGAGACCAAAAAACGCUGCCCCCAUGCGUAUCACGCUCUUUCUUCCAUGCAUACGUUCCUUGCCAUAGACCUCAUAGCUGACGAACUCCUAAAAGCCAUAGACUCAAUACAUUCGUUGGAAAGCGAGCAUUCGCGGCUCAACAGUCAGGACUUGAGUAUCUGUCGGGCACUCCGGAUGGAAAAGUUAGUUUUGGAAUUUUUGGAACGACGCUUGAGGAUGAGCUCCUCGAAUGGGCAGAUGGACUCGGCAAAGGAAUAUUUGGAAUCAGGCGGGAGGACAUUGCUAAACGAAGCUCGCACAAGGAUAGAGCGAGACAGUUGUACGAGUACUCCUCCACCCGGUUUGUCCCUCCGGUCCCUGUCGCACCCAGACCAGACCAGUGUUACCCCGGAGCGCACUUACCACAUUAUCACCCAUCGACCUACGCCCAUCCCGUCGGAGGAAAAAUAUAUUCCCACCGUCCCAACCAGCCCGAUCUUACAAGAGUUGAGCCACUCCAAUCCCCGUUCCAUUGGGUCAAACCCAAAACCACUGUCUCCCCCAUCAUCUCCACCUCGACCAGUGCCAAACGCCCAAACCCGUCGCCUGAUGAACCGACGAGGAGCCCAACGCAGCCAGCAAGAGGUGAUACUCCAGAUCCCCGCCGCCAGAACUCCAUCAAAACGGCAGUCUUGUAUGUCGAAGGGACAGAAAGACAGUCCGCCUGGCGCAAUGCACAGGCCUGAAACUGGCUCUCCCUCUAACCCAAUCAACAUAGAUGACGACACAGCCAUGAUCGAUCAGUUGUACGCAGGAACGUACGACCUGGGAAAUGACGAUCCCACCACUCCCCAAUCUGACACCUCAUCCAACACCCGACGGAGAUACCAUGAAGGUGUUCGUAACAACGCUCCAUACUGCCAAAACUGCGGUUGGAGCGAUCAUCGCACAUACUAUUGCAAAGCCUACUAUUGCCCCGACUGUGACCAUCGUGCACCAGGACAUAGUUUCAAUUGGUGUCCCAUCCGCAGGGAAGACGAGGAUAGGAUUCUGAUGGAAGGAUUACAUGGAGAUGUCAGCUACGAUGACAGUUACAAUAUGGACGGCGAAGGUACCAAAUUUCGGUGA